GACAUGUAGCUUUUUUUUUUUUUUUUUGUACUGUCGGUUUACAUUUUUGUAGGCGCUGAUAGGUGAAGGUAUAGAAGGAAAAAAAAUUGUGCUAUUUCAUACUGCGUACAUAUUUUCCUAUGUCAACAGGAUGAUUUGCGAAUAUCUAUUAUAUUCAGUAUUUAUUAAGUGCUAUUGAUAACUUAUCAAUCUCCAUAAAAUUAUAUGAAUGGAUAAGAACCUGCUACCAAGGUGAAAACAGGAAAUAAACUGCAGGUCACCUUUCCCAAGGCAGGCAGCGUGAGAGAGGGAAGGUGAGGUAAACACUGAGCCUCGCCAGCCACAGGAAUGGCUGAAGCAGGGACGAGCUUAUCAGACUGGCAGACAGGACUGAACUGCCUCAGUCACAGAGCAAAUCACAUCCUAAAUUCUGGCCAGUGGUCUGAUUGCAGUUUUCUUGUUGGCAAUGAAAAUAAUCAAAAGACUAUUCAUGGGCACCGCCUCAUUCUAGCUAUGUCAUCACCAGUGUUUGAAACAAUGUUUUAUGGAGGACUUCCAGAAAAAAGUGAAAAGCCAAUAGAAAUUCUGGAUGUGCAGCCAGAAGCUUUUAGAGCAUUACUUCAGUACAUCUACACUGAUGAAAUCAACCUGAAAUCUUUUGAUCAAGUCUGUGAGAUAUGCUAUGCUGCAAAGAAGUACAUGAUUCCAGCCUUGGUAAAGCAGUGCACUGAGUUUAUAUGGGGAGACCUCUACCCUGGAAAUGUAUGUCGGGCUUAUGAGUUUGCUCUGUUGUUUGAAGAACCAAGAUUGAUAGGGAAGUGUUUGCAGAUCAUUGAGAAGAGAACUGAUGAAGUGUUAAAGGACCCAUCAUUUGAGGAAAUGGGUCUCUCUACUCUGAGAACAAUACUUAAGCAAGAGACUCUUAAUGUAUCAGAGUUAGUGCUUUGGGAUGCCCUGCUAAACUGGGCUGUUCAAGAAUGUGGGCGGCAGUCUCUUGAAGUUAAUCCUGAGAAUCAGCGGAAGGUGCUUGGUGAAUGUUUUGGUAUGGUGAGGUUUUUGACUCUGAAGCCAUCUGAAUUUGCCAAUGGACCAGCAAUGUCUGGACUUCUUACUAAAGAAGAGAGCUAUUCUUUGCUCAUGAAUAUAUCUUCCCCAGGAGUAGCACCUCUUCCAUCAACUAUUUGUAAAACUUGCAAAAGCAGACAAAAGGUUCUGACACCUCCUCGAAACGUCGAGUCAAAUUAUAUGGAAAGACCAAAAGUUCGUCAAUGGUGUGAGUGUGCUGGAGAAAUGGCAGAUGUCUUACUGAAUGAACAGUUAGUGGAUUGUUCUUUAUCAUUUUCUGUGAGCAGUAACAUUUACAUCCAUGGUAUGCAUGUGCCAACUCAAAUUCUCUCUGAAAAUGUACAGGAGCAUCUGACAUUUCCUGUGGAUUAUUCAGAAUUAAUAUACGCCUUUCUUCAAGACUCCGAUGGCUGUAGGCUCACAUACACACACUUUACUGCACGUGUGCCUUGGAAUAGUUCUGUUGAAGUAAUUUUCAAUAGGCCAGUUAUGAUUACACCUAAUAAAACAUAUAAAAUUGUAGUGGUGUUAAACAAAGUAGGAAGAUAUCCUCUCUUUCACAUCUCACCUCAAGUUAAUCUGGACUCGGUAACAUUUACUUUUGGCAGAGGGAGAAUGCGUGAUGGUCUAGGACUUAUAAGAGCUAUAAUUUUUGGUUAUCCUUCUUAGAUCACACUGUUUCUUUUAGAAUAUAUCUGCUUCUAAUGUUUUAUGUUCUCUUUUAGUUGAAAUGAGGAGGGAAACAGAUAUACAACUAUUACAUUAUAGUGGGGUGUGGUUGAGAGAGAGAGAGAGAGAGAGAGAGAGAGAGAGAGAAAAUUUACACAUUUAAUAUUUGCACAUUCAUUUUGUCAGCUUUUUCUAAUCACGAAAAAUGCAGAAUUAACUAUUAAUAAAAGAUCUUGGCUUUUGUUGUUGUACAUGUAGUUUGUCUAAAAUACAUUGGAAAUAUUUGAUUAUUGGCAGAUUUAUAGAUACAGCAACACAUUAUUAUUUUGUACAUAAAAAAUACUACCAUUUAAAAGCAGUUCACCAUUUAAUUUAUACGUGGGGAGAGAGAGAGAGAGAGAGAGAGAGAGAGAGAGAGAGAGAGAGAGAGAGACCUAUGUAGAUGCUGAUUUAUAAACUUGAAUUAUAGUGACAAGUAAACAGACAUUUAAGUAGGGAUUCUGUACAUACUGCUGUAAAAGUUAUGUAAAACCAAAUACUUGAAGUAAGAAUCUCAGACUGAUGUAAUUUUGAUUUAUUACUUGCCUUAAUAAAAUCCAUUUUUCUAUGUUAUACUA